GCUGAAGCCGAGACCGUCACAUACAGAGGAAACUGCCACUGCGGCAGUUUUGUAUUUGAGACAAAAGUGCCCGAGAUCAAGUCAGCCUUGGACUGCAAUUGCAGCAUUUGCAGCAAGAAGGGCUAUCUCUGGAUCUUCCCUGGCGAAGGCAAUGUGAACAUUGUCAAGGGUAGCGUAGAGGAGCUGACGGCGUACGAGUUUGGUCCAAAGAAGCUUAAGCAUCUGUUUUGUCCUACGUGUGCUACUGCGGUAGCGGGAGCUAGAGUGACCGAGCAAGGGGGGCUUCAGCUUGCUGUGAAUGCCCAUACUUUCCAAGGCUUAAACACCUGGGAUCUAGAGAAAUCCUCAUACGACGGUGUUCCCCUAGGAAACCCCUACCAGGCUCCAGUCCACAAGGGAGAACUUCCCGCAGCUGAAGGCGAAGGUGUGGUAUACACGGGCAGUUGUCAUUGCGGUGCAGUCACCAUAGCCACAGUGAGCAAGCCUCUGGAUGAAACCUAUGAAGGGCCAAUAGAGUGCAAUUGCAGCAGCUGUGAACGUGUAGGUGUUGGGAUUGCCGCCCUCUGGGUGUAUUGCCCAAGCAAAUCCGUCGUGUUAUCCGGCGACGAGGCCAACAUUGGAAGGUACAGGUUCAACGAGCGCAUGUUGCACAAGGGUUUCUGCAAGAUCUGCGGUGUUAUCCUUACGAAUUCGUUCGAUGAACUAUCUGAGGAUCGAAUUGCGGCGCUGCCGGAGAAGAUGCGCAAUAUUCGUGACCGUCAGCACAUGUUUACCGGGGUGAAUGCGCGGGUGCUGAACGGCGUGGAUGUGACCAAGUUUAAGACCACGAGAAAGGUGGAAGGGUUGACCAAGCUUCCGGGAGACUAUGUUAAUCCUUGA